AUGCCAAUUACCGUUACGCCCCUCGAAGGUAAACCAUUAGGUGCCAAGAUUACUCUUCCAGAAGGAUGUACUGAUCCCAGUACAUUGUCAGAUGAAGAUUUUGAUGCUCUUUACAAAGCUCUCCACGAGCAUUUGGUUAUCGUUAUACCAAAUAUGGCCGAAUUACCACCAAAAUCUCAAUGGAAAUUGACGACUAAAUUUGAUCCAACUUGUGAUCAAAGUGGUAAGGCAUACGGUCACGGUAAGGAAUUCCGUCAUGAUAAAUCUGUUCUUAAGAGGGAUGGUACUUCUGUACCUGAUCAACCUCAAGUACAAGUUCUUGGUCAGGGCGACUGGGAAGCAGGUCACUACGGAUUAGGUGAAGUUACAUUAAGACAUCCAGUACACUUCGAUUUUCAUAGAUAUCCAUUGACUAACGAAGAAGCUUAUGAAAAGGAUAUAACUAGAUUUUACAGAUGGCAUAUUGAUUCUGCGCUUUACGAUUUAGCACCACCGGUCUGUACGACACUUCUAGGUAUUCACGUUCCACCACAAUCUAAAACACAAACAGUGGAUUAUGGCGAUGGUGAAAAAUUAGAAGUGACUCAAGGUGCAACUGCAUUUGUUUCUGGUGCCAAGGCAUUCGAAUUGCUAUCUCCAGAAGAACAGAAAAAGGCAUUAGGUACAAAAGUCGUUUAUGCACCACAUCCAUAUAUCUUCAUUUCUCCAGCUAGAGCUACUUCUGAUGGCUUAACUAUGGUUUCUGAAGGUAAAGAAUUACCAUUUGAUGAAUUACCACCAUGGGAAGAAUCAAAAGUUAAGGAACUACCAAUGGUUUGGACAAAUCCAGUUACAAAGAAACCUCACUUACAAGUUCAUGGUUGUUGUUUGUACAAAUUAAAAUUACCUGAUGGUACGGUCUUGGAACUUGAACAGGCCCGUGAGGCGGUUCACAAGAUGAUGAGACCGGCAAUUGCUCCUCAACAUGUUUAUGCACACUCCUGGGAAUCUGGUGAUUUAGCCAUUUUCUUUAAUAGAGGUGUUUGGCAUUCAGUUACUGGACAAUUCAAACCUGGUGAAAGAAGAUUGAUGCACCAAUGUAACAUUGCAUCAGGAAAGGAUCCUGUUAAUUUAAAUGCUGUUCCCGAACAAUCUGUCCCAGUCGGAAGUGAGAAUGUAAAUGCUGAAACGGUCAAGAAGGAAGGUAUUCCAGCAUGA